AUGGUAGGCAACCGUUGUUCUAAGAAUUUUCCAAAUAAGUUUUUGGAGGCUACUUCUGUUGAUUCAGAUGGAUUUCCGCUUUAUAGGCGAAGAGACGAUGGUCACACAGUUAUUAAGAAGGGUGUCACAUUGGACAACAGGAGCGUCGUUCCAUGCAACAAAAGGCUUCUUAGAAGAUAUCAGGCGCACAUCAAUGUGGAGUGGUGCAAUCAGGCAUGUUCAAUUAAGUAUUUAUUUAAAUACAUUAAUAAAGGACCAGAUAGAGCCACUGUUGCUGUUAUAGAUUCAGACAGAGGGAUUGAUGAGGAGAUACCGAAAGAUGAAAUAAACGAAUAUUACGAGGCAAGAUAUGUUUCUGCAUGUGAAGCGAGUUGGAGAAUAUUUGCAUGUGAAGUUCACUAUCGGUAUCCGUCUGUUAUGAGGUUACCAUUUCAUCUUCCAGGCCAGCAAAAUGUAGUUUUCAGUGGUGAAGAUGAUAUUGAAGAUGUGCUAAACAAACCUCAGGUUAAUUCUUCUAUUUUUUUGGAGUGGAUGAACAUGAACAAAAAACCAGAAACAACGAAAGUUACGUAUGUUGAGUUUCCAUCAAAGUAUGUUUGGAAGUUAAAGGAUCGUUGCUGGCAGCCGCGAAAAAAUUAUGUUGUUGUUGGAAGACUUUAUUCAGUUUCUCCUUCCCUUGGUGAAGCUUAUUACCUUAGAAUUCUUCUAACCAAGGUCAAGGGUUCACGAUCUUUUGAAGAAAUUAGAACCUAUUAUGGUGUUGUUUAUCCUACUUUUAGGGAUGCAUGUUAUGCGCGUGGCCUAUUAGACGAUGACAACGAAUACAUUGAGUGUAUUAAAGAGGCCAGUUUUACAGGAAAUGGUCAUUAUCUUCGUUCAUUGUUCGGUACACUUCCUUUGUCUAAUACUCUAUCAAGACCAGAAAUUGUUUGGGAGAAGACGUGGGAGUUUUUGUCGGAGGACAUUUUAUACAAUAUGCGGAAGGAUUCUGGGUUAAGUGGUUUUGCUGUCUCAGACGAGCGUUUAAAGAAUAUAACGUUGUCUAAAAUUGAAAACUAUCUUAUCCGUAAUGGAUCCAGCUUGCAUAGAUUCUCACCGAUGCCUGUUCCAGAUGAAGAUUCUACAUUAUAUGAGGCUAAUCGUCUAAUAAAUGAGGAGCUUUCUUGGGAUAAGGAUGAAGUUAGGGCUGAAUUCAAUAAGCUUCAUAAUUCUUUAAAUGAUGAUCAAAGAGCAGUGUAUAAUGAGAUUAUGACUGCUGUUGGACGUAAGAAAUUUCUUUGGAAAACUUUAGCUGCUUCCAUAAGAUGCAAUGGACAUAUUGUUGUUAAUGUUGCUUCAAGCGGGAUUGCGUCACUGUUGUUGUCACGAGGCCGUACCGCCCAUUCAAGAUUUCAUAUUCCGAUUAAUCUUACUGAAGAUUCCGUUUGUCAUAUCAAACCUAAUUCUGAAAUUGCUAAUCUUAUAGACGAAGCGAAGUUGAUUAUUUGGGACGAAGCACCGAUGGUACACAAACAUGCUUUUGAAGCUCUUGAUCGUACAUUGAAAGAUGUUUUGAGUGUCUCCGAUUCACGUAAUUCUGAACUUCCCUUUGGUGGAAAGACUAUUGUUUUCGGUGGUGACUUUAGGCAAAUCUUACCGGUUGUACAAAACGGCACAAGGCAAGACAUUGUACACGCCUCUUUAUGUUCAUCUUACAUUUGGUCCACUUGCAAGGUUUUAAAAUUGACCCGUAACAUGCGUUUAUCUGUUGGAAGCAGUACUUCAAACAUUGAUGAGAUAAACGAUUUUGCGAAAUGGCUUCUUGAAAUUGGUGAAGGCAAUAUUGGUGAUGGUAACGAUGGCGAUUCAACUAUAGAAAUACCAAAGGAUCUUCUAAUCACCGAUUCAACUGAUCCAAUUCAAAGCUUGAUUGACUUUGUAUAUCCAUCAGUUCUUGACCGUUUUAAAGAUCGUGACUACUUUUCUGAAAGAGCCAUACUUGCUCCUAAAAAUGAAGUUGUACAUGGUAUCAAUGAUCGUUUGCUUGCAUUAUUUCCCGGUGAAGAAGUAGAGUAUCUUAGCUCAGAUAGUCUAUGCCCAACUGAGGAAAUUAAUGAUCCAUUACACCAAGAUUUGUAUAAUCCUGAUGUGUUAAAUAGUGUGAUUGUUUCUGGCUUACCUAAUCAUAGAUUGGUGUUAAAGUUGGGUGUCCCAGUCAUGCUUUUGAGGAACAUUGAUCAGCAAAAUGGGUUAUGCAAUGGUACACGUCUUCAGAUAACGCGUCUUGGUAAACGUGUUAUUGAGGCUGAGAUACUAUCGGGAGGUAAUGUUGGUUCAAGAACUUACAUUCCCAGAAUUAGCAUGAUACCGUCAGACAAGAAAAUACCUUUCAAGUUUCAACGAAGGCAGUUUCCCAUAACCGUCUGUUUUGCCAUGACUAUUAGCAAAAGUCAAGGGCAGUCUCUUUCCAGAGUUGGUCUGUACCUAAGAGACCCCGUUUUCUCACAUGGUCAGCUUUAUGUUGCGUUGUCGAGAGUAAAGACAAGAGAUGGCGUGAAGCUUUUAAUAUCUGACAAAGAUGGAAGACCAACGAAUAAAACUACAAAUGUUGUUUACAAAGAAAUAUUUGGAAAGUUGUAG